AUGUCUUCUGGAGAUACACCGCCUGUCAGAUUCACUACUCCAAGUUCAGCAAGUACAUCUACAAAGAAAUACCCCGGAAAACCAAAGAGCCCGAUGUUGAGUAAUAGUAACAUUGGUAGCAGCAACAAUAGCAACACAAAUGCAGGUAAUCGCAAUUUACAAGCUCGUCAGAGACUACUUUCCAGUAAGAUAUCUGCUCCCCGUCCCAUCAACUUGCCCAGCUUAAGAAGAGAACAUGCUAAGGAUACAGAUGUACCAGUAUCCUCACCUGCUCCAUCGCAUGGCUGGGGCUCUGCUUCCUCUCCUUCUCUCUCACAGCAGCAGCAGCACAUCGAGCCUGAAGUAUCUGAAAAGAAGCAUGACGCCGAGACCACGCAUGAUAAAUCAAGCAAGCCAUCAGACACCUCUGCUACAUCACCUGUAUUGAUUCCUGCAACUGCAUCAGCAUCAUCAGCGAAACCCACCCGAGCAUGGGCAGUGCCUGCAAUUACACAGACCAAAGUGCCACCUUCAACUGAUUUUCCAACUGCUGCUGAAGCUGCUUCUGGCACCAAGAAAAAACUAUCAUUGAUCGACGAUAAAGAAUACCUGAAAUAUGCUUCAUCAGAUCCAAAUCACAGAUCAUGGGAUGAGAUGGUAAGCGAGGACAUGGACGAUUUCUCUGUGGACGUAGUCGAAUUUGAUGAUGGCACUAAAGUUCAGGUUGGAUCAGACGCUUCCAGUGUGGGCAGUCAUACAUCCGCUUCAAGAACAACAGAGCCAGUAUUACCAUCAGAACGCUUUACAGACGACUAUGAUAGAAGCUACCCUCCAAAGCAACCUUACCAUCACCCACCACCACACCAUCAACAACAUCACCAUCAACACCAUGACAACGACCCACAUCAUACCAACUACAAACCCUAUCGCCGUUCGGAAGAUUAUGGUUACAGCUCUCGUUACAGCAACACCAAUUAUAACAGUAGACGCCAUAGUUCAGCCAUGGACGGAGGCAAUGAGAGACGCACGUCAGGUACCAGUGACAGACGGGGAGCUGCUAGCUCUACAACAGCGUCCACACGACGAGAGAGCACGGACCAUCAACCACAUUAUGGCCAUCGACGACCUAGUUAUGAUCGAAAGUACGACAAUGGCUCAUAUCACCCUACGUCGUUGUUACAGAGACCAAGGCGAUUAUCCGAACAGAGCUUUAGAUCAGACCAUUCUCGUGAAGAGAUCAGUAACGCCAAUGCAUUACACAUUAUACCUGAACCCAUCAAUGCCACCACUGAAAGCACAGAGGAAAUUAUUGUCGUCCAAAAGAACCUCAUGUUGACGGCUGCAGAGCGUGCAAAGAAACGUCGGGAAGAACAAGAAGCAGAGUUCAAAGCUGCUGCUGAGCGAGCCAAGCAAAAGGCAGAUGCAUUGGCUGCUAAACAAGCUGAAUUGAAGGAAAAGACGAUUUUGAAGAAGCCAGCUGCUGCCUCUGCGGACACAACACAAUUAAAGAAAACUGCCGUAUCUCCAUCGUCCGCUUCAGCUGCUACCAACAAAGGCUCUGUCAAAGCAUCUCCAACGCCAACCAACGCUACAGCAACACCGGCACCAAAGGCACCUUUACCACCUAAACUUCCUGAUACCAGCAAACCUUGGAAUUUAGUGGCUGCCAACAAGCAAAUACCACCUACCACGACUACAACAGCAGUACCAUCCACAUCGUCCGCAGGUGCAGCUGCAGCAGCACCCAAUGAAACAAAUCAAUCCAAGCAGCUUCCUUUGCAAGCACCUGAAGAGCCAUCGUCUACACCAUCCAAAGAGAGUCAGCCUACACAGAUCCUCAAGAACGAAGAGCAGAAGCCUGUUACCAUGAUGAAGAAAGAGCCCAAACCUGCUCCCAAAGAAGAAAAGGCGGAACAAGUAGACGAAAAAAAAGAAGACAACAAAGCAGAGAAACCAUUGACUGAGGAUGAAAAGACAUGGCGAAAGUUUGUAUCCACCGUCAGAACAGAUCAACAGGCUGCAGUUAAGAAAGACGUGACAUCCGGGGACUGGAACUCGUAUGCGAAUCGAUUGCAGGAAACCACGGCUGAACAAGAUGCGAUUGCUGCUACUGCGAGAGAGAGAUUGAUCAGAGAAGUGGAAAAGGAAAUUCAACUGGAGAGUCAACAGCAUAAACAACAACAGCCUCAAGCUGUGGAAGUCUAUGACUACGAGCAUGAGAGUUGGGGUGCACCGCCUGUCAGUUUGAUGAACGGUCGUAACACGGAUCGUGGUGCCUGGACCCGUGAAGACCAUGCGUACAACCAACAACGGGGUCAGCGUAAUGGUCAACGUAGCAGUGGCCGAGGAGGCAGAAGUGGUGGCGGUGGCACUAGCAGCAUGAGCAGAGACACGGGUCGCACGAGCAACCAGACCAAUGCUAAAAAUCGAACAACCACCCACUCUACAGAUCACUGGCGACACGAUACGACAGCAGAGGAGCAGGAGGAAAAGGAGCAGAAGCCUGUCGUGGUAGAGAUAUUAAAGAAGCAAGAGCCUGUGCUGUCUAAAAAGACGCGAUUGACCAACCUACUCAAAGAGUCGUCUUCGCCUAUAUUUCCUGAUUUCAUCGAUAAACUGGCUGCCAAGAAACCUGCCAACAUGAGCUUUAUGGUGGAAAUGGAAGAGUCAGACAAAGAAAUUGCCAUGAUAGGACAAGACACCAUCACAGCUGCCGUGGAGGACGACAUGAUCAGUGUGGCUACCACCCAUACAACAACCACUGAGAACAGCCCAGCAUCGACACCACCCAAAUCACAAUUCCCCUCGCAACAGCAACAACAGCAGAGAAGAUUGAACGUGAAUAGACAUUUCCCUGUGUUGGUGUAUCAAUAUCCAACAGCUCAAUCAGCAACUACAACGACAGCAGGUACGUUGGAUCAUCCAAGUUCACCAUCUUCCUCCAUGGAUAUAGGCCCCAAAAGUCCCUUAUCUCAUCACCAACAAUCACCACAAAAUCGACCUUUGGGUGUCUAUCUUAUGCCACAGCAACCCUUCUUGACCAGGAAUCAAUACGUAGUACCUUAUCCCCAGGUGGGAACAAGCAAUGCACAGCCCGUUUACUAUCCUACGUUAUCCUGGCAACAACAACAACAACAACAGCAGCACGCAAACGUGGCUCUAAGACCUGCCUACGAGCAUCACCUUCACCCAUCACAUCAUCGUAGACCCUACAACACUACUUACAAUGACUACUUAGCAUCCAACGGAUACAGACAGCACACUUAUCCACACAAUUCUAAUGUAUAUCAAAAUGCAAGCAACGGCCGAGGUAAUUCACACCGUAAGCGAGGUGGUGGAGCAGCUCAAUCUUGGUCUGGUUCCAUGAUGAACAAUGCGGGUGUGGGUAGAGGGCACCAUCAAACCACGCACAACUCUAACCACAACAAAAAGUAUAGCAGACAUGAUACUGAUGCAGCGGCGAAUGAACCACCUUCUUCUGCUGUGGAUAUCCAGCAACCUUCAUUAUAA